UAAACAUGCUCAUUCCCUCUGCAGUUUUGGAUAGGUUUAUUUUACGCUCAAGUUUACGCUCAUAAAAUAGGCAGUGCGUUUUCGGUCGGUGGAUGUGUCAGUAAGCGUCUUUGACGGGAGAAUUGGCGCAUCUCACGGAGCAGCCACCAGGACAAUCGGGUUAUGAACGAUUCGGCCUUUUUGCAAAAAUACCCUAUGUUUUCCCGUGGAGUGAUGCAAUCACCGUCGGUUGCAUGCAGGACAGCGAUGGGCCAUUGGUAGAUCAUACAGUUGUAUUAUUAUAAACGGGGACGCUCCUCUCGAAGCCAUAUUUGUUUUGUAUGCCAAACUGAGGCAGGGGGUGGAGAGUCGCUACAGAAACAUUGGGCUUUGGCCAAACAUCACCCUGUAUUAGUCCAUAAUUGACGUUUAGUCGUGGGUUUGCGUUCCUUUUCGUGCAAAAUUUCAGAAUUGAGCGAAUUUUGCCAGAGAAAUGCAGCUUGCUUGAGGACACCCCCGAUAUCGGUUGGCUGCUGCUGCCAUGAUUGGCAGAAGUCUCCUCUCGAUCACUGCUUCGCGGGUUGGAGAAGAAGCAGAUUGAUUUGGACCUGGUCUCAGCUGCGGAACUGCCGAUGUCGGAUGUUAUUAUCAGGGGAGCCUGAUCCUGUAAAUAUUAGAAGCGCAAACAAAGAGUAAUUCUGGAAAAACUCAGGGAAAAUGUCUUCUCGUUCUGCGUUACCGUCUGGGAACGACAGGGGCACGGACCAUCAUGUGACCCUGGCUGCCAGCCGCUCAGACAAGGGAACCAGCCUGUCCAGCCGCUCGCUGGGUGCCCGCUGCAGGAACUCCAUGGCCUCCUGCUCUGACGAGACUCCGCACAUCGGCAACUACCGCCUGCUCAAGACCAUCGGCAAGGGCAACUUUGCCAAGGUCAAACUGGCACGCCACAUCCUGACGGGCAAGGAGGUUGCAAUAAAAAUCAUUGACAAAACUCAGUUGAAUCCAACCAGCCUACAAAAGCUUUUUCGAGAGGUUCGGAUAAUGAAAGGUUUAAAUCACCCAAACAUAGUGCAGCUGUUCGAGGUGAUUGAGACUGAUAAGACCCUUUACCUAAUCAUGGAGUAUGCCAGUGGAGGUGAAGUGUUUGACUACCUCGUAUCUCAUGGUAGAAUGAAGGAGAUUGAAGCCAGAGCCAAAUUUCGACAGAUUGUGUCUGCUGUCCACUACUGCCACAUGAAGAACAUUGUCCACCGAGACUUGAAGGCCGAGAACCUCCUGCUGGACGCCAAUGCCAACGUCAAGAUCGCCGACUUCGGCUUCAGUAAUGAGUUCACGCUGGGCAACAAGCUGGACACGUUCUGUGGCUCCCCGCCCUACGCUGCCCCAGAACUGUUCCAGGGGAAGAAGUACGACGGGCCCGAGGUGGACGUCUGGAGCCUGGGAGUCAUACUAUACACGCUGGUGUCAGGGUCGCUGCCCUUCGAUGGGCAGAACCUCAAGGAGCUGCGUGAGCGCGUCCUGAGGGGGAAGUAUCGUGUGCCCUUCUACAUGUCCACCGACUGCGAGGGGAUCCUACGCCGGUUCCUGGUGCUCAAUCCCACCAAACGCUGCACCUUAGAUCAAGUCAUGAAGGACAAGUGGAUAAACGCAGGGUAUGAUGAGGAUUCCUUGAAGCCCCAUAUAGAGCCUGUUGAGGACUAUAGUGAUGCCGCUCGCAUAGAGGUGAUGGUGGGGAUGGGCUUUACUCCCGAGGAGAUCAAGGACGCUCUGCUCAACCAGAAAUACAACGAGGUCACCGCUACCUACCUAUUGCUGGGCCUCAAGAAUGAGGAUGGUGGAGAGUCUCGUUCGGCCAGUACCCAGUCCCUGUCACGGGUCCGGCCCAGCCCCAUCACCAACGGGACCAACAAGCACUCCUUGGCCACUGCAGGCUCCUCUUCCUCCUCUUCAUCCUCCUCACACAGCAAGACCCAGCGUAGCGCUUCCACCUAUCACAGGCAGCGGCGGCACAGUGACUUCUGUGGGCCCUCCAUGCCGGUCAUGCACCCCAAGAGAAGCCCCACCAGCACAGGUGACCGGGAGCUGCGGGAGGGGCGCAUGCCCCCGCGUAAGGCCAGCUGCAGCGUGAUGGGCAGUCGCUCGCUGCCACCCUCCAGUCCCAUGGUCAGCAGUGCCAAUAACCCCAACAAGUCAGAGAUCCCCGACCGCCGAAAGGAGAUGACUGCCACCACGGUGAGAAACAGUGAGAACAACAUCCCGGGAAGUGCCAUGACCCGGCGGAACACAUAUGUCUGCACGGACCGCUCCAGCACCGACAGACACUCACUGCUGCAGAAUGGCAAGGAGAACAGCUCCCUGUCCCACCGCCUGCCCCCCACAUCCCCCUCCACCCUGAGCAUCUCUGGGGCCGGGGCCUCCUCCUCCUCUAGUGAGCGCUGCCGUCUGACACGGGGCUCCACCAUUCGAAGCACCUUCCACGGGGGCCAACUGAGAGACCGGGGCCCGCCCGUCUACUCGGCCCCGCCCACCUCCCCCACUCUGUCCCACCAUGACGCAAGUCCCCUGCCGCACGCCCGCAGCCGUGCCACCUCCAACCUCUUCACCAAGCUCACCUCCAAACUCACACGCAGGGUCACAAAUGAACCUGAGGGAAUCUGCCGAUCUGCGGUCACAAGGUCAGUAUAUGUCACAAGUCGCCAUUUACCUGGGCAUCAAAAAGCGUCCGAGCCCCGGGCCGUCGGACGUGGCUGGGAUCUGAGGGGACCUGGGGGGAGGCGGGACCCGGCGGAGGUGGUGCUGGCUCUGCGGGAGGCGGCACGGGGUUGCGGCUGCCAGGUCCACCAUGCCGGCCCCUUUCUGCUCUCCUGCACCCACGGGGCGGCCGGUGGUCAAGUGGCCUUUGAGGCCGAGGUGUGCCACCUCUCCACAGGGGGCAGCGCCGCCAACAAUGAGUCUUCCAACGGGGUGCGAUACACUCGACUCUGGGGGGCACCGCUUGCUUUCCGGGACAUCGCCACGCAAAUCUCAAAGGACCUCGAACUCUGAAUAUAAUGGGGGUUGAGAAGGAUGGAAAGAGAAAUAGAUAAAGGGACUUGGGGCUGCAGAUAAAUACAUUUCCUCCUGUCUCUUACGUGGCUAAAGACCUACCCCCCUCCACACCAGUCUCAACCUAACCACCCAAACCCCCCACGCCACACAGACUCAAGCAUCUCCUCCCCCCAACUUCAUCCACUGGAUCCGGACCAGAGAGAUAUCCAGCUUCAUAUUUUUUAUCGUUAACUCUAGCCAGAAUGACUAUUACUUUUAUGAUUGGUAUCAUUGUGGUUUUUAACCAUCACCACCUCCGAACCGACACUAUCGAAAACAUUCUCGAAAACAUUUCUUGUGUCUCGCCGUCUUUGAUUGUCUUCUGCGUGUCACUGUAUGUGUUUUUGGUCAUUCUUCUCCCAUUUGAACAUUAAUAUGGAUAAAGUGAUUAUCCAAGGACUUGUCGCCAGUGGACAACAUGCACAAAUAGGGAGACAGUUAACUCAAUGAUUUGACAAGUGGCCUGAAAAGUUGCUCUGUCUUUCAUUGUGUGCAUGGUAUGGGCGGGAUUGAAUUACUGGCAAUGACAGAGGAGUUGACAGACACUUUGAACCAGCCAAUGGUGACCUUCACAUCCAUUUUCCGCUUACAAUAUCAUCAACAGAAUAAAGUAGCAGAUGGGGAUGUUUUCUCGGACACACCAUGAAUCUUUCUCAGUAAGUCUUAUAGCAAAUGACAAAUAUAAACUGGACAGAUAUAGGUUUCAGUUCUGUAGUAUUGUACAACCCACACCGUAAUAAGCUGUUUUGUUAAUGUAUAAGAUCAGGUAGUAUACACUUUGGUACACAUCAUGCUCCAUCAGCGGCAAUAUGAUAACGUAAUCUAUGUAGAUCAAAACUGUGGUUCAUAGUGCUAUUUGUUCACCUUCAUACCUCUUUAGCUACCUGUUAGCUACCUGUACAUUUGGUUUCCUGCACACACCCUUCCAAAGUAAUUCCAUUGGCACAUUCCUUUUCCUGAGAAACUAUUUUAACCCUCUGAUUGGCUGGGAUCAAUGUCUGUGUUGGAACUGGUCAUUACCAAUAAUCAUAUCAAGCUGUUUUUAAGCAUUUCAUCCCAUACUUCUCACGAUAUGAUCUAGCCCUUUUACCUUUCUUCAGCGAAGUUGAAUUCAAGUAAUGAAAGAGUUACACAGUUCCUCUGCAUAAAAUAGCCUAACUCAAUGUAUUAUGGCUGAACGAGUGGCUGGAAAGGAAGAAAAUCCAACCGCGGUUCACUGCAGAACAUUGCGCACUUGAAUGCCACAUGGCUUUGCCAAAAUGAAAAGCUGUCAGACAUACUAGUGAACCAAAUUUGUAACAGACAAUGUUUGAAGUACAUGAUUAUUUAAGUAUUUGAAAUAUUUUAUUUCUGUGUAUUUGAGU